AUGAAGUUGCUAAGGCCUUUAGUUAAGCGUUGGCGUUCGAUGGGCCACUGCUGUUUUCUUUAUUUGGAUGACGGUAUCCCGGGGCUUCCGGAGAGGGUUCCGCGUUUGCAGCUAGUUGGGUACAUCAAAAGGACUUGAAAUUGUGUGGCUUAAAAUUGAACAAUGAAAAGUCGAAGUUGGAGCCUAUGCAAGUCGGGCAGUGGUUGGGCUUUGUUACUGACACAAUUUGCAGUUUGGAGUUCCUCCUAUGA